AUGAAUGACAGGAAUUUGGACGAUGAAGAUAUCAUCGUGUCGGAUACGGAUGAGGAAUCGACCGUGGAGAUUGGGGGAAUCGACGAGGCUCGGAAGGUCUUUGAGGGGGUCCGCGAGGAGGUGAAGAAGAUGACCAAAGACCAGCGGCAUAGUCAGAUCCCAGAGCUCAUGGAUCGCCAUUUGGAAACCCUGCGCCUGCGGAGGACCAACGACGGCAAGACGUUUCUCCACGUUCUCGCCUACGACUCGAGCCCGAAGCUCCCGGUGAAGUGGCUUGUCGCAUCUUUCGUCAGCAAAGGCACAUGUCACAGCCAGAUGGCGGCGCUAGACAACCACAACAGGUCGCCAACGCAUGCCGCCCUCGCCGAAGGAAACACGGUGUUUCUUGACGGCAUAUUCAAAAGCGUCGGUCCUGUCACAACCGACCGAGUCCGGGCUGCCUUGAAGUACGAGCUCGAAGUCCUGCUCAACGUCGACACCCGCGUCACAACGGUCCUACACACAGCCAUGAGGAACCAGCAUAACUUCAGCCCCAACCUCCUCAAGAAGAUCAUCGAGAUGGUGCCGGAGGACAUGUUCUGCGUCCAAGACUCCAACGGACGCACGCCCCUUCACCUAGCGGUCGACUACAGAAGAUGCACCGAGGGACAGCUUGAGGUUGUGCAGCACCUCCUGGCGCGGGGCCCGUCUGCGCUGGAGAUCAAGACGACUUAUCCCCCCGACCGGGCUGAUUCGGUCUACCAGUAUCACGAGUACACGCGCAAAAUUGCCGCGUUCGACCAGUCGAGGGCGAAAGCUCGACUCCCUGCCCCGAGCAAGCCCGAUCUGACAAUUUUGACAGUCCCGAGAUCGCCGAUGAAGCCACCGUCGGUAGCUGAAAGGCUCGAUGCACAGAAGCCUGCUGUACCAAUGCCUGAUGCUAAUAAGGCAAGAGACCGGCACAACCCAAAGGCCGGGGGCAUUGGGCCGAUCCCUCCAGGAUCCGCGAAGCCGACCAUGACGCCAGUAAUGAGACCUCGGCUACAUCCAGACACGGAUAUCCUGCCCGCAAACAGCUUCCUGCAGGCCAUGGCCAGAAUACCAGACUUCCCAAACGAAGACAUGGCCGGAAGCAACAACGAUAAGCCCCAGAAGGGGCAAAUCUCGGCGGAUGUCGCGGACAAGAUUAGGGAGGAAUUAAAGUUGCUCUGCUUGAGGAUGAUGAGUCCCGACCAUGCCGUUCGGUGCCUCUCCGUCAACGACGACAGCGGUAGGCAGUUCGUCUUGUGGUUUGACUUCGUACCCAAACCUACAACGAAGAUGACCAUUGAAGAGUUCCAGCAACACUGGGCGACGCUCGAGUUCGACUCGACGUUGCAGUAUGUCGCGCUUCCCCAGAUGGAGUUCAGCCUGGGGAAAGACGGAGCGCCACGCCCCGGCCGUGGCCGAAACGAUGUUAGGCGCAUAUUCGAUUGGUUGCGAAGCAUGGGAGUUCAGCGCGUCAUCAGAGUCAUUGUGGAUGACAUGGGCCCGGCGUGCCACAGCGACGAAGAGAUAGAAGCUGCGCUCCACGACAUGAAGGUUGAGAUUCUGGACUGGCGCCGGCCUGAUCUCUGUCCGUCCUCGAUCUGCAGAAUCGGUGGACAUGUGCGCGAGCUCUAUCUCCAGUGGAGCGGGAAUAACGCGACCCUGCGAGCUUGGAGCGAAAAAGAAGGCCUACCGCAGUUGCCCAAGCUGGAGACACUUUUCGUCGUGGUUCUCGAGGAUGGCCUCGAGUCGCAUAGCCGGACCAACACGAACUUGGAACUGUUCAGAAGACGACUGCUUCACUUCUGGCCCACCGACGACGGUCAGCAGAAACCGCGAGUCGACUUCUUGCGUCCUAGCGGCGGUCCUCGAGAAACCCCGAGCCAGCAUGCCGAGGCUUCCGCUGGCGCAUCGAGGCAGGAAAGCCAAGUGGAUCAGCACCGAUGGAUCCAAUGCAUGGCCGAAUUCUUCAACUUGUUCCUACAGGUGCCGCGGCCAGGCGAUGAACUGACCCGGCAACGCCCUGCCCUGAAACCGACCAAAAUCGCUCUGAUCGACGAUGGCGUUACAACCACGAGCGCCUCGUUUGGUGGCAAACUGUUCAGGGGCAAGAGCUUCGACUUUUACGAGAAUGGCCAGAGGAACUCCCCUUACUGGAUCUCGACCAGUGGACACGGCACAUCGAUGGCUCAAUUCAUCCGCAAGAUCUGUCGCACGGCCGAGAUCUACGUCAUCAAGCUUCGGACUCUGAUGCCUCAAAAUGGGUCAUCGUCUCUGCCUAUUGACACGAGGAGUGCCAUUGAAGCAAUUGAGCAUGCCAUUGACCAAAGGGUCAAGAUCAUCUGUAUGGCUUGGACACUAAAGGUGCCAGAGGGCACCGAGAAAGUCGACUUUGACAACGCCAUCCGGAAGGCCACCAAUGCCGGAAUCAUCAUGUUCUGCGCGGCAAGCGAUCAGGGCGACAUUGGAGACAUUACGUAUCCGUAUGCCUCCAACAUGGCCGACAUAUUUCGUAUCGGCGCGGCAAAGGCGACCGGGACCACACUCGACAUGGUGGGCGACCCGCACCGCGUGAAUUUCUCGUUCCCCGGCCACCAAAUGUUCCCCAACGAUCAGGCACCUAACAAGCAGCUGGGGGAUGCGCAGACGGGUUCUUCCGUGGCCACGGCGCUGGCCACUGGCCUGGCCACGCUUGUGCUGGAGUGCAUCCGGCUCGGUCACUACUGGACCAUAGAGAAUCAGAGAGCUCUUGCCAGCAUGGCCGAGCACUUGUCCAUCACGUCGAAUGACUUGAACGUCAGUCCGGCAGGUAUGAGAAGCGCGUUUCUUAACAUGGGCCAGUCAAAAUCAACAUACAUCUGGGUAUGGAACACCUUUGAGGAUUCCGUGAAUGAGGAAAUAAAGUACGGGGACAAGAUGGGCAAGCUGGCUGCCAUUGCUCGGCUGGCGAGGAAGUUUCUAGGAAAAUGA